UAAAGAAAUGCUCGCCUCGAAAAUCGAAGAGUUAAAAAUCGAAAUGCUGGAAAACGAAAAGAAAAUAGAGGACAUUUUGAAGAACUCAUCUCGGAAGGACAAUACCUUGUUGGAAAAAGAAAUGAAUAAUUAUUUUAAAUUGCAUUGUAAACUUGAAGGCUGCCAGGAGAAUUUGAAAAAACCGGAACUAAAGGACUAUUGCAUGGAUCCACCGAAUACGUUGAUGAUUUUCGUAUCAAACAUUCCAAAGGCUACGUACAAUUUGGGACCUGAAGCUUUAAUUGUAGCUGCAUCUAAAAACGUCAGCCAACAUUACUUACAUCUAUUAUGCCAACUUGGACAGAAUAACGUGUUGAUCACUACGAUUCAAGCGCUGACGGAAAUGGAAGUCAGCGUGCCAUUGGGAAAUGUAAAAACUGCGCUUCUAGACGGAUCCGAAGAUGAGUAUCAACAGUUCGUGGGUAGCGAAAUCGUGCUGAUGGUCAUCUCGAGCCACGUGUCUGCGGACCGGUUGUUCUUCGUGCGAAGCGACGUACAUCGAGAAGCAUGUUUCCAAUACGUCUACCAGAAUGUAUCAGCUUGAUGAGGACAAGUGUGGUUACACAUUCGCAAUAUACGAACGCAAGCACUGCGUUCCGGAUAAAUGUUUUACCCAUUUAUCUGCAAU